UUCCUCUCUCUCUCUCUCUCUCUCUCUCUCUCUCCUCUUUCUCUCUCUCCCUUUUUUUCAGUUUUCUGUUGCUAUAAUUAUUCCUGUUUCUAGGGUUUCUCCUAAACCUGCCGUUGUUCGUUUUGAGGCUAUUAUCAUUACCAAUUGAAUCCUUCGCCAUUGCAUUUGUUCAGAAUUCUUCAAAUAUCAUCAGGUGAAAAAGGCAGUCGAGAUGGCCUUAAUAUAUAUUUAGCGAUGAGAUCAUCUUAAAUGGACUGUUUGCAAAUUAGUAGCGAAGAAAAGACGUUGAAGAAAUUUUUGGUUUUUUCGUAAAUUACUUUUUGCUCAUUUUAAAUAAUAUUUGGUUGAUUAAAAAACAUAAAGCAAAAAAAAAAAAAUGGACGUGAAAUCGACAAAAGCUUCUUCGAUUCUGGCCGAUCCAUCACCGAUGAACAAAUCCCGUCUCGGGAUCCGUUCAAAUCUCUUGCCAUGCUCACAAUCGGGGCCGUCAUUCACUACAAGUGUCCCCACCGUAACAAGAAAGAAACCUGGAAAACUUGACGAUGUUCGAUCCAACGGCUGGUUGGACGCCAUGCAAUCAUCUUCACCUCCUCGCAAGAAAGUCAACAAGGAUUUCAACGGUGUAGAUCUCGUCUCUGAUGAAGCUGAAAUCGCCUACCAGUUUUGGAUGAUUAGGUAUCCAUCUGCGUUGAACUCGUUUCAGACAAUAACGGGGCGUGAGAUGAAUAAGAAAUUAGUGAUUUUCUUGGAUUACGACGGCACACUUUCCCCCAUUGUAGAUGAUCCCGAUCGAGCUUUUAUGUCCGAUGAUAUGCGGUCUGCUUUAAGGAAUGUCGCAAAAUACUUUCCGACCGCUAUCAUCAGUGGGAGAAGCCGCAAUAAGGUUUACGAAUUGGUGGGCCUAACGGAGCUGUACUAUGCCGGUAGUCAUGGGAUGGACAUUGUAUUCCCGGCCAAAGAUUUGGUUCCGGAAAAACAUGUUAAAUGUGUUAAGUCUACUGACAACAAGGGCAAGGAAGCAAAUUUAUUCCAGCCGGCUAGUGAAUUUAUACCCAUGAUCAACGAGGUUUUUAGAAACCUCGUCGAGAUUACGAAAGAUAUAAAAGGGGCAAAAGUGGAAGACCAUAAAUUUUGUGUCUCUGUGCACUAUCGCAAUGUCGACGAGAAUAGUUGGCCUGUAAUUGCUCAAAAUGUUCAUGAUAUUCUGAAAGGCUAUCCUCGACUUCGACUUACUCAUGGACGGAAGGUUUUGGAGGUGCGUCCGGUGAUCGACUGGGAUAAAGGAAAAGCUGUCGAAUUUCUUCUUGAAUCUCUAGGAUUUAGCAACCGUAGCGAUGUGCUCCCGAUUUAUAUCGGAGACGACAGGACCGACGAGGAUGCAUUCAAGGUGCUGAGGAAAAAGAAUCGCGGUUAUGGAAUCUUGGUAUCGACCGUACCGAAAGAAAGCAAUGCUUCGUUCUCGUUAAGGGAUACUUCUGAAGUUCAAGAUUUUCUGGAAUCAUUGGUUAAAAUGGCUCAAGAAGAUGAUGAUGAAGAUGCUUCUUAUGAUACAAAUUAAUUAUUUAGCAAUAAUAAUAUUCCUUGAAAAUAGGUCUUUUAAUUAUUAUAGUUUUUUAUUUAUUUAUUUUUAUUUUAUUUUCUUACCUUAGUAUGGCUGCUGGAAGUUUAUUCCAUUACUAGGCCUCUAGUACCACCCCACCCCUACCCUACCCCACCCCACCCCAUGUAUGGGGUGGUUGUUUGUAAGUUUUUAUUACUUUAGUAAUUUUAAUUCGAGUAUUGUAAAUCUUUGUUUUAGUUGA